GCAAAUGAACGCACUCGCGAUUUUAUAUAGAUUCCAAUCUCGAUUCCAUUAACGUUAAAUUGGCAUGGGGAAUCGAUAGCGCGAGGUUGUUUCGGUAGAUUAGUCGAUUCUAUACACGUCACUCGCGCACAGUACAGUAUGUUUAACACGUAGUACAGUACGCGCUAGUGCAGUGUUUAAUUGCUCAAAACGCACAUUUUUAAACGCGAUCGGGUCGCGUUAGAGUUUUAAAGUUAAUUUCUCAGGUUGUAGGCUCUUUUACAAGUCGUGAAAAUGUCAUUUUUUACAGAUUCGCUCAUCAUGUUUUCAUCCCAGAUAAUAUUUUUUGGAUUUGGAUGGCUGUUUUUCAUGCGGCAGCUCUUUAAGGACUACGAGGUGCGGAGGUACCUGGUGCAGAUCGUUUUCUCCGUGACGUUUGCGUUCUCGUGCACGAUGUUUGAGCUCAUUAUUUUCGAGAUCUUGGGCGUGCUCAACACAAGCUCGCGUUACUUCCACUGGAAGCUGGACCUCUACGUCAUCCUCAUCGUGCUGAUAUUCGUCGUUCCCUUCUACAUCGGCUUCUUCGUCGUCAGCAACAUCCGACUGGAAUUACCAAGGAGUUCCUCUUCACCAGCCUCCACUGGCCAGCGUGUGCAAAAGCGGAGGCUGCUGUGCUCCGUGUUCCUCUGGGUCACGUUCAUGUACUUCUUCUGGAAGCUGGGAGACCCCUUCCCCAUAUUGAGUCCACGGCACGGGAUCCUGUCCAUCGAGCAGCUCAUCAGCAGGGUGGGCGUCAUCGGGGUCACGCUCAUGGCCCUGCUCUCCGGAUUCGGCGCUGUCAACUGCCCCUACACGUACAUGUCCUACUUCCUGCGGAGCGUGACGGACGGAGACAUCGCCUCGCUGGAACGACGCCUCCUGCAGACGAUGGACAUGAUCUGUAGCAAGAAGAAGAGGAUGGCUGUGAUCAAGCGCGAGCUGGUGCAGAGGGGAGGCGAGGAGAGGAAGCCGCUGGGAAUCUGGAGCAUGAUCCGCAGCGUCGCGUCGCCAACGCCCGGCAGCGAGAACCUCUCGCUUCUGCAGCAGGAGGUGGACGCGUUGGAGGAGCUGAGUCGGCAGCUGUUCCUGGAGGUCGUCGAUCUCCACGCCAACAAGGAGAGAAUCGCCUACUCGAAGACUUUCCAGGGAAGGUAUUUCAACGUCAUGGGUUAUUUCUUCUCAAUCUACUGCGUAUGGAAAAUUUUCAUGGCCACUAUAAAUAUCGUGUUUGACCGAGUUGGAAAAACGGACCCAGUGACACGUGGAAUUGAAAUCACUGUCAAUUACCUGGGCAUUCAUUUUGACGUUAAGUUCUGGUCUCAGCACAUUUCAUUUAUUCUCGUUGGGAUUAUCAUCGUCACGUCUAUCCGAGGCCUCCUCAUCACUCUCACUAAGUUUUUCUACGCUAUCUCAAGCAGCAAGUCAUCGAAUGUCAUCGUGCUUGUGUUGGCUCAGAUCAUGGGCAUGUACUUUGUGUCCUCGGUGCUGCUCAUGCGCAUGAGCAUGCCGCCCGAGUACCGCGUCAUCGUCACGCAGGUGCUCGGAGACCUGCAGUUCAGCUUCUACCACCGCUGGUUCGACGUCAUCUUCCUCGUCAGCGCCCUCUCCAGCAUGGCCUUCCUCUACCUGGCGCACAAGCAGGCUCCCGAGAAGCACAUGCUUCUCUAGCUGCGGCCGCUAAAGCGGCAGCAGCUGAAGUGGAAGCGGCAGCAGCUGAAGCAGCAACAGCAGCAGCUGAAGAAGCAGCAGCAACUAAAGUGGAUGCAGCAGCAACCGAAGCAGCAGCAGCA